AUAACAACUGCAGGUUUGUUUUGUUUACUUUUCGUAUUUACUGUUUUUUAAAUUAAAACUUUGGAUGAUUAAAACCAAAUAUCUACCAGAAUUUCAUGAUUGAAGCGCUGAAAGAUACAAGUAAUAUUGAAUACUGCGCGCGCAUUUCGUUGCACCCAAUUCGUCGGUAAAACAGUUCUCAAAUGUGUCGAUUAUCUUGCAGUCCGAUAAAGUUAAACGAGAUGAUUUUAAACCGAUAGUUUACUUAUUGUGAAAGGUAAUAUAUCUGAGUGAAAAAUGUUACUAAGCUUAUCCGUGUAAGCGCUUGAAAGUUGUUAGAAAAACUUAAAAAUAAUAAGUGAACACAGAUAAUAUAGAGCCACUCAAAAUGGAUGCAGAAUGCAAAAGAAAACAAGUGAACUUCGAUCAGUUGACAGCUCUGUUAGAGUUUCUCAAAGAACAUGAGGAUUUGGCUAAAGGUCUUACUAGAGGCAGACGCAGGCGAGGCAAGUUUCACACUGUGAAGGUAUGGAACCUCUGUGCUAAGAAACUGAAUGCUAUUAAAGACGGUGCUGUAAAAGAUGGAAAAGGCUGGUCUAAGUACUGGUGUGAUUGGAAGUACAGAGUCAGGAGACGAGCACUCGAGUUGAAAGCUGCUAAGGAUGGAGACAGACCACUGCCUGAAGGAAUAUUGCCUUUGUCAGCAAUGGAAGAAAAUAUAAUGACUUUAAUAGGAGAGAGCGCCGUUGAAGGAGUGGUCAUUAUGAAUGAUCCACUUUCUGAGGAAGGCUUAGAAGAAGCAAUACAAAAUUAUACUGACAAUAAUGAGGACAGCCCAAUUAAUCAGUAUUUUGAUACUGAAGCAAUGGAACCAUCAACCAGCCGAAAGAGGCGACAGCCAUCUAAUGACGACGCUGCUGGUCCAAGUAGCCCUGGUGACAGAAAACCUAUGGUAGACUCAAGAGGAGAAAUUAAAAGCUCAAGUAGAGGGGCGGGAACUUCCAAAAGGCGCAGAAAGCAACGCACUUCAGUUAACUCAGAUAUAGAACUUGGCGGAUCAAGCAGUCCUUCCGAAAGCAAGCCCGAAGUUAUUGUGACGAAAAACGAACAUUGUGUUGAAUCAGAUGGCGACGACAAAGCUUCAGUAUUUCUAUCAAUAGAGCGAGAGAAAGUAUUCGGUACAAGUAAAAUUAUAAACACAUUAGAAAUGAUACAUUCGGAGAUAGCUCGCCUUGCAUCUGUCAUGGCCGACAUUAAAGACUAUUUAGUAACUAAUUACCGCCAAAUUAGCGUAACUUAGUUAUAUAACUUUUCUAUACUAAUAUUAUAAAGCUGAAGAGUUUGUUUGUUUGAACGCGCUAAUCUCUGGAACUACUGGUCCGAUUUUAAAAUUUCUUGCAGUGUUAGAUAGCCCAUUUAUCGAGAAAGACUACUUUUUAUCCCGGUACGGGAAGUAGUUCCCACGGGAUGCGGGUGAAACCGCUAGCAGAAGCUAGUUAUUAAUAUGUGGCUUUUUCCGCGGCUUCGCCCGGGUUCCGUGGAUCCCUGACUUCCAGAACCCGGAUAAAAUAUUGCUCACACGGGGAUAGUGUAGCUUUCCAAGGUUCAGCAGUUUCGGAGCAGUUAGGGUGCAAACAAAAAAAUGUUUCCUCUUGUAGAUUUGUAGAUUAGAUCUUAUCUCUAAAAUUGCAAUUCCAUGUAAAUCAAUGUGAUAAUUUUGUAUAAUAAGGUUCUUAUUCUACAAUUAAAUUGUUUUGUUAUUAAUGUGGGUAUACCUACUGUAACAAUGAUUAGCAUGCUAAUAAAAUUAGGUGUGAAAUUACGAUACGUGUAUUUAAAUUAUGUGAGCCGUUUCCUACAUUGUUGUUUUGGAUUUUUUUAUUUGUUACUUGGGCGAAAUGACACGUGGAUUAUACCGAAUGGUAUAAUCUUUAAUAAUUAUGUUCGAGUAAGAAAGAAAUGGCAUAUAUUACAAAGAUAUGUAAAAGUUUGUUAGGACUUUAGCUCAUCAAGCUACCCCAAUCUCCAAAAAAAUCUCUAUCAUCUAUGUUAUAUGAAUGAAAGUUUCAAUAAUUGUGUACAUUUCAGUAUAUUAUAUCGCUAAUUCAUAAGCACAUACAACAAACAUUGAACCUACCACUGCUAUUUCCCCACCACCCAAAGGUAGACUGGGAGAAAACGCCUAAGGCGUUAAGUCCGCCAUUGCACUAUUUGUGCAAAAAGUAUUAUAAAUAAAUAAAUAUGAAUAAAAUAAAUAUACUUUGAAGAUAGAGUUGAAAAUCUAUUGAAGAAGUUUGACUUACCUAAAGUUUGGUAAUAAAUAGUAAAUACCUACUUUAUUCUUAUGAUGCUAAACUAGACUUGAAACGAAACCUUUAAAAUAUUUGUGCACUAUUUAUUUCUUAACCAGCUCAAAAGACUAGAUGGUCUUUUGUUUAGA